AUGACGACCCUGAUCCCACGGCAGUUCUAUUCGCAGGACGAGCUCGAUAAGCUUUAUCCGAAAGAGCUUGAGUUGCAGCUCGUACAGAUUUUACUUCGCCAUGGCGAAAGAAGCCCUGUAUCUCCGCGCUUCCAAAAUGUAGACAUCCUAGUCCAUUGGCCCUACUGCAACUCCGCCCGACAACUUACCAGUAUAAUACUGAACACGAAGGACUUUUCGAAAUGGGAUCAGCUGAAAUAUCGCCGUCGUCUUGAGACUUUUGGCAUGGAUGAUGGGCCCGUCAUCGCAUCAGGACCUAAAGGCGAAUUUGAUGCCAUAUGUCAACCCGGUGAACUCACAGACAAGGGUCGUGAGACAACUCUAGCCCUAGGAGAGCGCCUCCGCCAUCUCUACGUCAACCAACUCAAGUUCAUGCCCGAGCUCAUCUCCGAUAGUGACAUGAUCUAUCUACGCGCAACGCCUAUUCCCCGCGCUCUAGAGUCUCUUCAACAAGCUUUCUGGGGCUUCUACCCACCAUCCGCACGAACUGCCGACUUCCCUCCACCAACAAUCAUCACCCGAACCCCGGCUGAUGAAACGCUCUUCCCCAACGACGCAAGCUGUAGACGUUUCGCUCAACUGAGCCGAGCAUUUGCGCAACGUGCAGCUGAGCGCUGGAACGACACCGAUGACAUGCGCUACCUCACCAAGGUGCUUUCGAAAUGGAUGCCAGGAGAGCAAAAAGUAGCGGUGGACUCUCACCCUAGGCUUUCCGGUAUUAUGGACACUCUCAACGCCACCGACGCACACGGUCCGGAGACCAAGCUUCCCAAGGAAUUCUACGACCCCAAAGCCCGUGCCAUUAUCGAUAAGAUCGCGGUCGAGGAAUGGUACGCAGGCUACACUGAGUCUUCCGAGUAUCGUAUGCUCGGCAUCGGCGGCCUAAUGGGCGACAUCACCUCCCGAAUGGUCGGCAGCGUCGAGCGCAACGGCAACUCCGGCAUCGUUGAAGUCGGCGGCGUAGACGGAAAACUAGGCAAAGGACGAGGCGGCGAAACCAACAUCUGCUUCGCCAUGUCAGGAUGCCACGAUACUACCCUGGCCGGCGUACUCACGUCACUGGGUGCCUUCAACGGCGAGAAAUGGCCCCCAUUCACCUCGCACAUCGCCGUCGAAAUGUUCCGCAAGCGAAACCCCACUGCCAUCCCAAACGCCCCCACCCCCACAGAGCAAAACCUCACUCCCAAAACCCAAAGCUGGUGGUCCUCCCUCUUCGGCAGCACAAAAACCACUUCAGACACCAGUCUCACCCCCGAAGGCAUAGCUCGCAAGCCCAUCACCGAUCUCACUCCCGCACAGCGCGACCAACUAAACGACUACUACGUCCGUCUCCGGUACAAUGAUAAAGUCAUGGAGAUACCUGGCUGCAAAGCACCAGGCAAGCAUCUAGACGGCGAUACUAGUUUCUGCACGCUGGACGCGUUCAAGGCUAUUGUGGAUAAGUAUACGCCGAAGAAUUGGAAGGCGGCUUGUGCGAGUCGGUUGGAUGAGCCGGCUUUUCCGGUUAAGGUUGAACCCGCGGGUUAUGAGUAG